AUGCAUCUGGAGAACAAAGACAUCAGGCUGACCUCAGCCGUACUGGAGGUGGAACUCCUCCAGACUUCUGCUGUGUCAGUCCCAAUAUGCUCCGACCCUGGACGGCUGGUGACAGCAGGACCCACCACCGGAAACCACCAGCAUGGCCAAGCGGACCCCUGCAUCCCCUAUGCUGGCCAGGCGGCUGGGAAGAGCCUCUGUGUUCCUGAACACUCAGAGUUGAGCUCGUUCCUCAUGGAGGGGAGGACCCAUUCACCUUUGGCCCAGUUCAGCUCCAGCUCCAAAGACCUGUGUUUUAAGGAAGACACGCCUCUGCUCUGGAAUUCCUCACAGGACAAAAGGUCACAGUUCAUGCCUGCUCAUCGCCCAGCGUUCAUAGCCACUGAAGAUUCUUGGGAAAAUGGCCUCACUGCCUGGGAACAAAGAUGCGUAUUGGGCAAAGAGGUUGCGGAUAUGUCUAUGUUGGCCUCCUCAGAGAAGGGGGGUCUUGCGGGCAGCGUCCACCUCAGAGUUCAGGUCUCCACACUGGGGUGCUGUGUGCGGUGGAUGAAGGUCACGGGCUUGUUUGUUUUUGUGGUGGUGUGUUCUAUUUUAUUCAGCCUGUAUCCGGAUCAAGGAAAGAUCUGGCAGCUGUUGGCUGUGUCACCAAUGGAAAACUACUCUGUGAACCUCAGCGGCCACGUGGACUCCGUGAUGCUUCAGCUGGACCUGGCAGGGCCCCUGAUGGCUGGUGGACAAAGCGGUUCGGGGAAAGAGGAGCAUGUCGUGGUGGUGGUGACCCAGGCAGACCCAAUGGGCAGCAGGCGGCGGCGACCACAGGCCACUCACAACUGGACUGUCCUUUUAAAUCCAAGAAGCGAGCAUACGCUGGUGAGCCGAACUUUUGAGAUCGUGAGCAGGGAGGCUGUUUCGAUCAGUAUCCAGGCUUCCCUCCAGCAAAGUCGCCUCGUCCCUCUCUUGCUGGCCCAUCAGUUCCUCGGGGCGAGUGUUGAAGCACAAGUGACCAUCGCCGUGGCCAUCCUCACGGGGGUUUACACUCUGAUAAUAUUUGAGAUUGUUCACAGAACCCUGGCAGCCAUGUUGGGAGCGCUUGCAGCGUUAGCAGCGUUGGCUGUGGUUGGAGACAGACCCAGCCUGACCCACGUGGUGGAGUGGAUUGAUUUUGAGACUCUGGCGCUGCUGUUUGGCAUGAUGAUCUUAGUAGCCAUAUUUUCAGAAACGGGAUUUUUUGAUUACUGCGCUGUAAAGGCAUACCAGCUUUCUCGAGGAAGAGUUUGGGCCAUGAUCAUGAUGCUUUGCCUCAUCGCUGCCAUCCUCUCUGCCUUCUUAGACAAUGUCACCACAAUGCUCCUUUUUACACCUGUUACCAUAAGGUUAUGCGAGGUGCUCAAUCUUGAUCCAAGACAAGUCCUGAUUGCAGAAGUGAUCUUCACAAACAUUGGAGGAGCUGCGACUGCCAUUGGGGACCCACCCAAUGUCAUCAUUGUUUCCAACCAGGAGUUGAGGAAGAUGGGCUUGGACUUUGCUGGUUUCACAGUGCACAUGUUCCUUGGGAUCUGCCUCAUUCUCCUGGUUUCCUUCCCACUCCUCAGACUUCUGUACUGGAACAGAAAGCUUUAUAACAAGGAGCCCGGCGAGAUUGUUGAACUGAAACAUGAGAUUCAUGUCUGGCGUUUGACGGCACAGCGCAUCAGUCCAGCCAGCCGCGAGGAGACAGCCGUGCGUGGCCUGCUGCUGGAGAAAGUGCUGGCCCUGGAGCAUCUGCUGGCCCAAAGGCUGCGUUCUUUCCACAGACAAAUCUCGCAGGAAGAUAAAAAUUGGGAGACCAAUAUCCAAGAGCUGCAAAGAAAGCACAGGAUAACGGACAGGAUUCUGCUGGUCAAGUGUCUGACGGUGCUGGGGUUUGUCAUCUCCAUGUUCUUUCUCAACUCCUUCGUCCCUGGCAUUCAUCUUGAUCUUGGAUGGAUUGCUAUGCUGGGGGCCAUCUGGUUGCUAAUUUUAGCGGACACUCAUGACUUUGAGAUAAUUCUACACAGAGUGGAAUGGGCGACUCUCCUCUUCUUUGCAGCACUCUUUGUACUGAUGGAGGCCUUGGCGCAUCUUCACCUAGUAGAGUAUGUGGGAGAGCAGACUGCCUUGCUGAUCAAGAUGGUCCCAGAAGAUCAGCGCUUGGCAGCUGCCAUCGUGCUAAUAGUGUGGGUCUCAGCCUUGGCGUCGUCCUUGAUUGACAACAUCCCAUUUACUGCUACGAUGAUCCCUGUGCUUCUUAACCUGGGCCAAGACCCUGACAUUCGUUUACCUGCGCUGCCGCUCAUGUAUGCCCUGGCCCUCGGCGCUUGCCUGGGAGGUAACGGGACACUGAUCGGAGCCUCUGCCAACGUUGUUUGUGCAGGAAUUGCAGAGCAGCAUGGGUAUGGAUUCUCUUUCAUGGACUUUUUCAGGCUAGGCUUCCCGAUGAUGCUUGUGUCCUGCACCAUAGGGAUGUGCUAUCUCCUGAUCGCCCAUGUUGUGGUAGGAUGGAAUUAAUAGCUAGCCAUUGUCUGAAGACCAAGGGAAACCCGACCAUCCCCAACAUCAGCAGGGAGACUUCUCCACAAGACCUCUGCAGAAGACAAGGGGCUUGCCACACCACACGUGGGAACCGAGCUCGAUCCAUAACC